UGUUGUGGGCGGAUGUUUAUAUUCAAAGUGAGCAGCGUGGAGUAUCAGCGGUACCGGGCACAGGCAGGAGCUGCGGCGGCGUGCUCACCACCAGCACCUGCGGGGGAUCUCCGCUGCGGUGUCCGUGCACAGGUAGCUGUAACCAGCAGUACUGCGGAUAAGGGAGCAGCGUGCUUUGGGAGUUUUGGUUUUGUGCCUAAUUGCUAAAAUGGUCAAGAAAGCCUCUGGAGCAAGUGCUGCCCGCCGGAAGUCGCAGAACCCGAGGAAGGUGCCUGCUGCUGCCGCUACCACCUCCACCGCUUCUGCCGCCACCACCUCCACCGCCGCUGCAUCAACCAGCUCAUCUCCAGGCCCGAGCCAGAGAGUGCCGGCGCGCGCGAGCCAGAGAGUGCCGGCGCCCACCCGAAAGCGAUACCGCGCAGGAGCUCGGGCGCUGAUGGAAAUACGCAAGUACCAAAAAUCAACGGAGCUGCUCAUCAGGCAGGCUCCGUUCGCCCGGCUGGUGAGAGAAGUCUGCUUGGAGUUUUCCCGCGGCGUGCCGUUGUCCUGGCAAAGCAAAGCGCUCAUGGCGUUACAGGAGGCUGCUGAGGCCUACUUGGUCCGGCUCUUCGAAGAUGCCUACCUGUGCAGUAUCCACGCCAAUAGGGUCACCCUACACGUCAAUGAUAUCCAGCUUGCACGGCGAAUUCGAGGGACCCACCUCGGGCUGGGAUAAGACGAUGUCCGUUUUAUUAUCUUGGAGUUUUACAAGUUUCACAGAGUUUUACAUUUCACACGUUUGAUUUUAAACAAGUUGAUCUUGUUGGCGUUUAAUACCCAGAUCUUACAGCGCGGGAGGAGAUGGCUUAUUACAUCUAGUACGCCCAUUACAGCGUACGCGCAGCUGCGCUAUGUGGUUCCAUGUCGCUCUGACAUCAGCAGUUUCCAUGGAUGUUUUACACUUUCAUGCAAAGAGUUACUGUAUUAUGUAUAGGCCUGGACCUGUACGAGGUUACAAAUCAUUUUUCUUGUUUGUUACUUAACAAUAAAACUGUUUUUUAAAAAGUUUAUAACCGCAAUUAA